CCUUCUCCACCCUCACUGAGUCAAAACACCCAUGACAUGACAACAAAUACAUACAAGCAUGCGCUGGUUUUACUGGAGGGUGGCGGAUUAUUCAAACUAGUACCUCCCUUCAUCAUGAAAUUGACCAACAUGAGGAACGUACUCUUUGGCAUGUGGAUGCAAUUGCUUUGUGUGCUUUGGCUAUGUAACAAGUAUGUGACUGGCACUCAUCUUUCACAAGAUGAUAUUUACCUCCUGAGGGAAGAAGAUGACCCGAAAUGUUUCACUCGGACAGAAGAGGAUUUCACCUGCUUCUUUGAGACCCCAGACAAUGGGACUUACAAUUUGUUCUACAACAUUGGCGAGUCUGGAGAGAAAAGAUGUGAAUUGUUGACCCAGAGAACAAAAGAAGGAGCAUGGCUCCACAUCUGCUCAUUUCCUUAUUUGGAUGUUGUCACAUAUGUGGAUAUACACCUCCAAGUGGUGGAGUGCAACAACAACACCAGAAUCUACAGCCGCAACAUCAGUGUGGAAGACCACAUUCUCCUGGACGCCCCCUUCAACGUGCUUUUACACCAUAAUGGGAUACCUGGGCAGAUGCUGGUUUCGUGCCUCACAAAUGUGCCAAAAUACUGGGAGGAUAAGCUACAAUAUAGGAUGCGAUACAUCUCCAAGGGGGUUGGAGAGAGGACCAAAGAGAGAAUUGAUAAGUUGGAUGACUCCCUGGUGUCUCUAGUCCCAGGAGAAGAGGUCCAAGUCCAGGUUGCAGUCAAGUGUGCUAAUAUAGAGAGUGCCGGACACUGGAGCCACUGGUCAGACCCCGUGAGGGAUGUGGUACCACAAAGCGCAGAUGACAUUUCACUCAUGUGCGACACCUCGGAUCUGCAAACCAUCACCUGUCGGUGGAAUAGCAGCAGAUAUGGCAAAUCAAGUGUUUGCAAACUUUUCAAUAAGAUGCAUCUCAGUGAGACUUUGGGGUGGACUGAUUGGAUAGAAUGUCUGCCUGACAGGAACUUGACUGACCAGUGCAGUUUUCAGGGAGACAAGUCCAUAAAAGUCCAAGUCAAACUCAGCACUGCUGCAUUUCCACUCAGCAGGACCUUUUACACCAAAGAGUUCACGUUGAGAAACAUCAUUAAAACAAAGCCACCGACUCAUCUGAGAGGAUUACUGGAGAAAGAAAAGUUGUGCUUGAUGUGGGAAGCUCCUCUAAUGGCGCUGUCAUCCCAUUUGCAAUAUGAAGUUGGCUGCCGAAUCAGAGAGAGCAAAGGAUGGCUGUUGAUUUCCCCCAAGGGCCCGGCUACUGGUACAUGUCUGGAGGUUCCCCCAAAUAUCCAGUACAGAGUGAAGAUUAGAACUAAACCCAAUGGUUCCUUUUAUUCUGGUCACUGGAGUGAAUGGUCAAACAUUCUCACUGGGAAAUCUCCUGCUGACAUAGACAGUUUACUCAUGACUUGCAUCCCUGUCACACUCCUGGUAGCUGUUGUCAUCCUCAUCUCUUUGGGUUUUACAUACUUCCGCAAGCUCAAGCAAUGUUUUUGGCCGCCAGUGCCAAACCUUGACAAAGUCCUUCAAGGCUUUCUGACUGAGAUCAACUUGCAGAAAUGGGACCCUCCAGUUCCUGCAAAGCAAUACUUUGAAGAAGUGACUUCUUCUAUCGUGGAGGUCAUGUCUCAGGAUGAGGUCUCAGGGUUGGGUAAGGAACACCAGGAAUCUACGCAGUGUCUGUCGUCAGAGGAAGGCCACCACAUUGGAGACCAGGAAGAGGGAAACCUUAGAACGGAACUGAAAUUGUAUCCAGACUAUGUGACUCUGAACAGAGAGAGUCUUAUUAUUUGUUCAACAGGAAACAAAUAUGUCUAUGAGCAGCUUGGGGACAUGAGAGGCCCAGGGGUGGAGGGAGAGCUUCUGCCAAACACAUGUCGCCGUUUCUGUGUCUCAGAUUGCUCGGACACCAACUUCUUAAACCAUUCCUACGUGCCUCUUUCCAAGCCUGCAGUCAGAGCCCAUGACAAAGACACUGGUCAAAGGGGACCAGGAAACCUCUAUACUAACCUGGCCUGCAGCUAAAUUUAUCGCCCUGACAGUAGAUUGCCGCUGUACCAGGUCCAUUAAACAGGACAAACAGUAUUUGAGCUCACUUUAAUACAGUUCGUUGAAUAAGUAUUCAAAUGUUCCAAUUUUUCACAUUUUGCGUCCCGGACGUAUUCUGGAAUGGAAGAAAUGAUUGUCUUCCCCUAAAUUCUACACAAAAAUGUAUGAUGAUGACAGUUAGAUUUUUUUCAAGGUUAUGUAAAGCAUAUGCAUGAUGUCCUGUUGUAAAAUAAGUUCCAAACAAGAGGAUUAGCCUCACUGGUGAUCACGUUAUUUUUCUAGAACACUGUGGGCAAAAUACGGCUUGGGGGUCACAUCCGGGCCAUCCAGUCUCUGACUGGCCAUCACAGGGACCAUGCAGUUAAUGUAAUAUAUAAACUAUGCAUAGCUUUUAUUUUGUAGUUUUGUUUCAAGUUCACACAUGUAGACGCUACUACAAGCAAAGGUAGCGAGCAGGAUCAAUGAUUUAGCGAUGUUUUUGCUAAACUUUGAGGUUUGGCGGUUCCCUCUAGUAAUUAUCUUUGCAGAAGAUAGAUAGGCAAAAAUGACAUCAGUGGUCCGAAUGGCAACAUUCUCGUUUCCUUCACAGCGGAGAGAAGAGGGCCAAGAAGAUUUUGCCUGACAGUAAUGAGUGCAAAUCUAUAAUUUCAUUCACUGUAUGAUAAUUAUAACAGGUUAUCACUGUCAAUAUUAGGUAAUAUUACAUCUUUCAUAUACUGGGUUUGGGAGUGCUGACUGUAGGAAUGGCUAAUAUGAGAUACAAAAUAAAU